UCAGAGAGGCGGCGCAGGGUGGGCGCUGCUGCAGGCCGGAUCUGGGGGGCUGCGUUCGGGCUGUUCUGGAUUUGUUUUGGGUUCUGAGAUGUUUCCCUCGCGCGCGGAGACCUGAGCGGGCAGGACUGACCAGGCUAGAGCCCUGAAGGACGCGUCUGAGCUGGAUUAUGCUGGUUCUGGUCUCCACCUCGCUGCAUGGCUGAGGUCUGAGUGAGUCCGUUCUGUUUGUUCUGCUGGAGAACCAUGACUUCUCUCAGUGGGAAUAAGGAGAGGAGCGGAACCCGGAGCAGAAAACACGGGCAGAUGACGGACUGCUCCCCCACCAAAUCCGCCUCCUUCUCUCCGGAGGCCUGGUACCGGCGGGCGUGCGAGGAGUCUCGCGCGGGUCGACCGGCCCCUGAGGGGGCGGGGUCAUUUCCGAGCUCGUCUGGGACACCCUCCCCCUGUUCCGGGACGUCCUCCCCCAGCUCCUUCUCCGGCUCCCCUGGACCCACCUCCCCAGGGAUCGGCACCGGUUCCCCCGGCUCUCUGGGUGGCUCCCCAGGGUUCGGAACGGGUUCCCCGGCCUCCGGCAGCGGCAGCUCGCCAGGCUCGGACCGGGACAGGACCGUGUGGUGUGAAAACUGCACUGCCCGGCUGCUGGAGCUAAAGAGGCAGGCGCUAAAGCUCCUCAUACCCGGACCUUACGCCAGCAAGGACCCGUCGCUCUCUCUGCUGCUGCAUGAUAAGCUGCAGGUUCCCAGCAGCCCGCGGAAGGCGUGGAACGAGCGCGAGAGCCGCUGUGACGUUUGCUCCACCCACCUGAGUCAGCUGAAGCAGGAGGCCGUGCAUAUGGUGCUGACCCUCGACCAGUGUGACCUUUCACCCGGAUCCCCUCCCUCCCUCGCCUCGCUGGGGGGGCCGCGCGGCGUCCAGCAGGGUCCGACUCCGCCCCGGGACUGGACUUACCUUCCCUACCACUCACCUGCCGCUAAUGGCUCCGCCUCCAACGGCUCCACCCCCUGCAGUCCCCACCACCUGAACCCAAAGCACGGCCCCAAGCCCAGCAGCCUGGGGGUCGGCAGCGGCCUGGACAGGAAGGGCAGUUCUCCUGGACACGCUAACAAACCCGCUGGACCGCCGGCACCACACCCACCCACCAGCCCUAAUAAUGGCAGCGCUGGGCCACUGCAGACACAUACGCACCUGGAGGGCAUGUGGUCACCUGCAGCACACCUGUCCCGCGCUAACGGGGUCACCCUGUACCCCUGCCAGGGUUCUCCAAUGGUGCCGGAGGGGAACCGGGAGGGUUUGACCGAAGCUGCGCUGAACCGCUUUAACACCGAACGUCCGGCGGCCCACGGCGGCCCUGCUCCUACACCACCCGCCCCGCCCACCACAGCGCCCUCCAGUGGAACCUCCGCCGCUGCCUCGUUCUUCGCCAGAGCUGCUCAGAAGCUGAACCUCUCCUCUAAGAAGAAGAAGCAGCGUCCGGCGCCCCCUGUGGCAUGUGACCCUCCACUCUUCCCCACCAAUUUCAGUGGAAUCCUGCAAGUAUCGCCACCCCCAGCCCCGCCCUGCCUGCUCCGAGCCAUCAGCAAGGUCCGAGACAACCCCGGCCUGGGCAAGGUGAAGGUGAUGCUGCGCGUGUGUCCCGUCUCUCCGGCCGAUUCAGAGUCCAGCUCUUUCCUGAAGGUCGACCCUCGUAAGAAACAAGUAACCAUCAUGGACCCUGAGGCCAAUGCCCAGCAGAACCCCGCCCAGAAACGCCCCGCCUCCAACCAGGCUCCGCCCAAAAUGUUCGCCUUCGAUGCUGCCUUCUCCCACGAUGCCUCACAGGCCGAGGUGUGUGCAGGGACGGUGGCGGAGGUGAUCCAGUCGGUGGUGAACGGAGCUGACGGCUGUGUGUUCUGCUUUGGACACUCCAAACUGGGAAAGUCCUAUACCAUGAUCGGAAAAGACGACUCCAUGCAGAACCUGGGGAUCAUCCCGUGCGCCAUCUCCUGGCUCUUCAAGAUCAUUAACGAGCGGAAGGAGAAGACUGGGGCACGGUUCUCCGUCCGCGUCUCAGCUGUGGAGGUGUGGGGUAAAGACGAGAACCUGAAGGACUUGCUGUCUGAGGUGGCCACGGGCAGCCUGCAGGACGGCCAGUCACCUGGUGUCUAUCUCUGUGAGGACCCCAUCUGUGGCAUGCAGCUGCAGAAUCAGAGUGAGCUGAGAGCUCCGACAGCAGAGAAAGCUGCUUUCUUCCUGGACGCAGCCAUCGCCUCCCGCUACAGCAGCCGGCCGGACUACGACGAGGAGGAACACCGGAACUCGCACAUGCUCUUCACCCUCCACAUUUACCAGUACCGCAUGGAGAAAACCGGCAAAGGAGGCAUGUCUGGCGGUCGGAGUCGUCUGCACCUCAUUGAUCUGGGUAGCUGUGUGAAGGUUCUCAGUAAAACCCGGGACAGCACGGCCGGACUCUGCCUGUCCCUCUCUGCACUGGGGAACGUUAUUCUGGCUCUGGUCAAUGGCAGCAAACACAUCCCUUACAAGGACAGUAAGCUGACCAUGCUGCUGAGGGAGUCCCUGGGGAACAUGAAUUGCCGGACCACCAUGAUAGCCCACAUAUCCUCUUCACCCAGCAACUUCUCAGAGACACUGUCUACUCUUCAGAUUGCUUCUCGAGUGCUCAGGAUGAAGAAGAAGAAGGCUAAAGUAAGCGUGCAGUACACAUCCAGUUCUUCUGGAGGGGAGAGCUCAUGUGAAGAGGGGAGGAUGAGACGCCCAACCCAACUUAGAACCAUCCACUCCAGGAAUGUUGUAGACUCCGAAAUGCCGCUGUUGCACCUCUCCAGUGACCCUGAUGACUAUUCCAGCAGCGAGCAGUCCUGCGACACCGUGAUCUAUGUCGGUCCUAAUGGUUCAGCACUUUCAGACAAGGAGCUAACAGACAAUGAAGGUCCUCCAGAGUUUGUGCCAAUUAUCCCAUCUAUCCAUAAGAAUAAGGCUGACCAAAGCAAUGCCGCAUCAGCAUCUCAGCAGCUGCAGGCAGUUUCAGCCCUAAUCCAGUCCUCACAACCUCUCCAGCCUCUGCAAGCCCUUCAUUCACAGUCACUUCCACCUGUGCCUGAAGAGGGCGCAGAGUCCGGCAAGCAGGAGAAGGACUGUCUCAAAUGCAACACGUUUGCCGAGCUGCAAGAGAGACUGGAGUGCAUCGAUGGAAGUGAAGAGGUAAACAAGUUUCCUUUUGAAGAAGUCCCUACCAGCAGAGUUCCUAAAAUUGAGCCUCUUCCAGCUCGAAGCCAAGAGGUUAAAGGAAGUUCUCCCAAGAGAAUCUCUAAUGACCAGCAACUUGAGGAGAUCCGAGAGGUGGUAGAAGAAGCAGAAAUCGCACAGUCUAUUAUAGAAAGCCUGACACAGUCUUCGAUAAACAGUUGUGCACUCUCCACCAGCCGGAGCGUGACCGGUAGCAGUGGUGUUGGACAGCUCACUCCCCUUCAGAGAACCAAGAGCUCUAGUCUGCAUGACAGCAGGGAGUCCAUUAGUGGAGGUAGCAGCAGUGAAAGCAAACCUCGUCCUAUGGGUUCUCCAAGGCUAGGCAUCGCCAGCCUGACCAAAACAUCUGAAUACAAACCUCCCUCUUCUCCAUCCCAGCGCUGCAAAGUGUACACUCAGAAAGGAGUAAUGCCCGGCACGCCGCCCCAUUCCUCGCAGAACCUGCACAGAGAUUCAGGAAAAUCAUCCACUGAAUCUUUGCUCCAGCCUGAGUCUAGGACAUCUCCUGUGGGCAUGAGCCCUCAGGUACUGAAGCGUUCCUCUUCGUCUAACAGUUUGGGAUCAGCAGAGACACUAUGUGAUGAUGUGCCUCAGCUGCCUUUGGACAGCAAGAAGAGCACCACAGUCACCUUGCAGCAGCCUUUGGAGCCAAAUGGCAAAGAUGAGUUAGUGUUCACUCUGGUGGAGGAGCUGACAGUCAGUGGAGUGAUGGAAAACGGCAGGCCAACCAGUAUCAUUAGCUUUAACAGUGACUGCUCAGUACAAGCUUUAGCAUCAGGUUCACGGCCGGUCAGCAUCAUCAGCAGUAUUAGUGAGGACCUGGAGUGCUACACCAGUGCAGUCUCCACUACUACUGCCACCAUCUCAGAAGCCAACAUCGCUAAGUUCCUGCCUCUCAGCAGGGUCGAAGGGGAGGUGCUAGCCAGCCGACGGUCCUCCAUCAGUUCCUGGCUUAGUGAGAUGAGCACAGGCAGUGAUGGAGAACAGUCUUGCCAUAGCUUUGUUGCACAGCAGUGCUUUGGGCAAAAUGAGGCAUUAGCUGAGGCUCAACUUCUGGAAAUUAAAGAGGAAGGGGAGACUGACGAGCUCACAGAGCAAAACAUCCAAGAAAGUGAAACUGAUCUCUCCAGUGAUGUGAAUGACAAGGGAACUCCAACCCGAGACAAAAUGGGCAAGAUGUCUCCUACGAUGGUAAAAACAGCUGUCACCAUUUCUAGUAUUCAAACUUUAUGUGCCUCGAGUGGCUUUAUCCCUUUCAAGACUAAUAUCACAGUUCAGCCUUGUGUUGUCGUAAAGCCGAUUGUUCAGGAUCCACCCUGUGUAUCUUCACCUACCAAAAACUCUUCUCUCAAAGAUCCCAAAUCCCCACCAGUUCCCAUCUCGAGUGAGAUCAACUUUGAUGACCCCUGGAUGAAAAGGGAAAGUGGUGAGGAGUCCAAACCUAAGGAACUUGUCUGUGAGGUAAAACCAGAGAAGAGAACAUCUGAUUCUGUGAAGAGCAAGUGUCUGGUUGACAGACACAGCUCAAGCAGUGGUGAAGCAGCAUGCUCUCCUGAUUCCUUCAAAAGGGUAGUGGAUGGCUGUGAAAUGGUUGUCAGUGCCUCAGAAAGCAUCACUCCAGUGUAUUGUGCAGACAUCCUCAGGACUGGCAGCCUUCCUAGGGGAUGGCAUCGCAUCAACAAGCAGGAUGGCCUGGAUGAUCCUUCCUAUCGCUUCACAAGUGGAGAAUAUAAAAGUCUUGGCGUUACUACGUCCACUCCCUGCAGUCCUCGAGCCACUCUGGAGAGGAGAGGCUCAUGUGGAAGGCAGGGAUUCUUCACCCGACAGAAGGGAAUCCCACCCCUUCCACCUGUGAGGAAGUCGAGUCUUGACCAGAGAAACAGAGCCAGUCCACAGCAUAAUCCAGCAGGAAACCAGGCUACAAUCCAGCACAUGUCUUUCCUGGGCAGUACACCUGAAGACCUGGGUGGCAAUGGAAAACAGAAAGGAGCAAAUAUGGAGAGUAGCAGACUCUUCAGUGCCAAACUUGAGCAGUUGGCAAACAGGACCAAUUCCCUCGGGAGAUCUCAUGGAACUCAUUAUGACUGCCAUUCCCUGGAGAGAGCUGAGAGCCUGACCUCUGUGGGCCUUAAAGCAGGUGUAGCAAGAGAUAGUACCAUGCCUAGAGCUGGCAGGAGCGUCACCCGCAGCUCCAUCUCUUCUCCUACCAAUGGACCAAAUGGCAACAACAAUGUAACCCAGUCACCCAAAGCCAGCCAAUCCAAAAUCUCAGCAGUUAGCAAACUCCUUAUGGCCAGCCCCAAAGCCCGAAGCCUUUCAACGUCUAGCACUAAGACUUUAAGCUUCUCCACCAAGUCUCUCCCACAGUCAGUGAACAGGAGCUCCAGCCUGCCACCUAAUGGAAAGAACCCAAACCAGAGUUCCUGGUCAACACAGUCCCUCAGCCGCAGCAGGGGAUCAGGACUCGCCUCAAAGCUGCCUCUCAGGGCUGUAAAUGGACGAAUCUCAGAGCUGCUGCAGGGCAGUGGCAGCACCCGAGGCGGAAACAGCCGAGGUGCCUCAGACACCGAGGAAAGAGGAGGAACGCUCCAUGGAGAGGACAGACCAGUGGUCCAUACACUUCCCUCCCCAUACAGCAAGAUCACUGCCCCGCGACGGCCCCAUCGCUGCAGCAGUGGCCAUGCCAGCGACAACAGCAGUGUGCUUAGUGGAGAACUGCCACCAGCAAUGGGCAAGACAGCCCUGUUCUACCACAGUGGGGGCAGCAGUGGCUAUGAGAGCAUGAUACGUGACAGCGAGGCCACUGGAAGCACGUCCUCAGCUCAGGAUUCUAUGAGUGAAAACAGCAGCUCGGUCAGUGGACGUAGGAGUCUGAAAAAUUCAAAGAAAAGAAACAAUACUGGGACUCAGAGACGCCGCGUGAUUCCUAACCUGACCCUGGACACCACCUCCCCUGUGAGGAAGCCAAUCAUCAGCCCCGGAGUUCGCUGGGUGGACGGUCCACUGCGACCCAGCCAGAGAGGCCUGGCUGAACCCUUCGAGAUCAAAGUUUAUGAAAUCGAUGACGUUGAACGUCUUCAGAGGAGACGAGCUGCCAGCAAUAAGGAACUGGUGUAUUUCAGCGCUAAGCUGAAGAUUCUGGAGCAUCGGCAGCAGAGAAUCUCUGAGGUUCGGGCCAAAUACGAUUGGCUGAAGAAGGAACUGGAGCAGACCAAACAGCAUCUGAUGCUGGAGCCUGAAAAAUGGACCACUGAAUUUGACCUUCAGCAGACGUUUGAGGUGGACUCUCUGGAGUAUCUGGAAGCGCUGGAGUUUGUGACGGAGCGGCUGGAGAACCGGGUCAAUUUCUGCAAAGCCCACCUGAUGAUGAUCACCUGCUUCGACAUCACCUGCCGGCGGCGGUAGAGCUGAAAGUUCUGGUUUCUGGAUUAGCGAGGAUCAUGGGAAGUCAGAAGAAGCUUUAGGGUGUGCGUGGGUGUGAGCGCCACUGAGACGACGGCCGAAACGAAUGAGAACUAAAAAAUAAAUAAAUAAAAGACUUUGUAUUUUUCUAAAGUGGAUUUUUGGGUGAUGGGAGGGUCAUAAAGAUGGACUGAGAAAAGCAAUUUC